AUGGAUCUUAUGAUUGAAAGUAGUAGUAAAGGGGUAUGGAAGGGAUGGACCAUCGCUUUGAAACCCAAUGCGCGCGAUCAGCGAACCAUGCAAGCCAAGAAGCCAAGAGCAGCAAGCAUAAUUAUCUUUUUUAUCCUAUUGGCUAAAAAGAGGGACAUGCAUAGAUGUCUUGACUAA